AUGCUUCAAAGCCUUUUUAAAAAUGUUUGGAUCCCCAUAAAGCCCCACUAUACCCAAGUUUACCAGGAGAUUUGGGUAGGAAUGGGUUGGCAGGCUUAGGUUUAUAAAAUCAGGAGUGCUGAUAAAAAAAGCAAAGCUUUGAAAGCUUCGAGUCCUGCACCUGCCCGUGGUCAUCUUUACCCAGCUUUCCUUGGAGUAUAG